UGGUGGGCAAUGUAUCACUCUCUUGACUCCAUGCGCCAUGGUUCCUGGUCUCAGAAGUUCAACUCAGAUGAACUUCUCUACAGGACAGAAAGAAGCUGGGAGCUGACCAUUAAUAGACAUGAGGCGACUUCUCCUGAUUGCUAUCUUGGGGGUGGGCGCUCUGUCCGUCAUCCACGGCAGCCUGCUCAACUUCAAGGUGCUGAUCGAGAGGAUUACCCACAAAAACGCCCUCAUCCACUUCAAUGGAUACGGGUGCUACUGCGGAAAGGGCGGGAGAGGGAAGCCGAGGGACCAGACAGACAUGUGCUGCUAUAAACACGACUGCUGCUAUGAGGGUCUACACAGCAAGCAGUGCCACCCAUAUAUUGAUCACUACAGAUACCUGAUCAUCAAUGACGAUGUUAUCUGUGAGUACAGAAACAAUUCCCACUGUGCCGUGUUGGCGUGCGAAUGCGACCGUCAUGCAGCCCUCUGCUUCCGAAAGUAUGCCAAAACGUACAACAAGAAGUACCACCGUUACCCUUACGUCUUGUGCAAAGAAACCACCCCUAAAUGUCGAGGCAGCAAGAAGCCGAAGUAGGAAAGCCCGAGAAGCAGGCAAACCGGUUGCGGACUUGAUGCAGAGGAUUGCUUUGAGAGGGCAAUCUCUCCCGUGGGAAAGAGGACCAGAGCAGAAAUGCAGGGGUUUUUCUUGCUUAUGUGUUUUUCUGCGUGGAUUCCAAAGUCAGCAGCAUUUAUUGUUCGGAAUUUUUGAAAUCUCUGCAUUUCAAAGUUCACAUUUUGAUGUCAAAGGGACGCUCCCCACAAGCUGCAUCUUAAUUUGCAAAAUUGAUGUGUUGGCAUCUCAGUGCUUCUCUUCGCCCCAAGGACUAAAUCCAAGACUGUCUAUUACUGGAAAU